GAAGCGGACUGAGCCCGCCCUCGGAAGGACCGUCCCGUCCCAUCUUGUGCGAUUGGGGUUUGUCAACAGCAGAGCUGCCCCCGCUCGCUCUUCGGCGCUAAUGCUUAGGAGGGGCGGCGGAUCGGUUGCUCUCCCCGCGAGGAGUAUUAGGGCCUUAAGAAGCGGCUAUUAUUGACUUCAAGCCCUCUCCAGCGCCGGAGUCGACGCCCCUCCCGCCGCUGCUGCUCCUCCGCCUCCUCCUUUUCGCCGAUCGAGCCUUUGCCGAGAGACGGAGCGACCCAGGAUGAGAGCAGCAACCGUAGCAAAGAUACGGAGGGUCUUCUCGGGUGGUGCCAGUUAGAUAAUAAUUCUUGCCGCCCAAAAUAGGCCCAUCGAUUAACUACUAUGAAGUGCAUUGGGCCUUCAGAGGGCCAGAAUCUUGCUUUGGUGUUGGAGUAUGCUCUAGCAAGAGAAGCAAAGAUCUGGAAGGCACCGGUCUUCCAGAACUUCACACUGAAGGGCACCAAUAUUUCUCCACUCUCUUAUGACAGAACUGUUUUGUGGAUUGGAAAGUUAAGCUCACUCUUUCAGUUUUGCUUUCAAACCUUUUCCUUGGCGGUCAGCUUUCUGAACCGGUUGCUGGCAUCAGUAAAGGCACAGCUGAAACAUCUCCGUUGCAUUGCAAUAGCUUGUCUACUUCUAGCAGCAAAAAUCAAUGAAGAAGAUGAGAUAAUACCAUCAGUAAAGAAGCUGGCAGAGCAGAGUGAUUGCAAGUGUUCUCCAGCUGAGAUUUUGAGAAUGGAAAGAAUCAUACUUGAUAAACUUCAUUGGGAUCUUUACACAGCAACAUCAAUGGAUUUCUUAAACAUUUUCCAUGCCAUGGUGAUGUCCAAGUGGCCCCAAUUACUAACUAGGCUACCUCAGAGGAAUCCUUCCCGCCAUGCUGCGUUCUUGACCAAACAGCUGCAGCACUGUAUGGCCUGCCACCAAGUGUUGCAGUUUAAGGGUUCCACACUGGCCUUGGUGAUCAUCACCUUAGAGUUGGAGAAGCUGACUCCUGACUGGUUUCCUGUAAUUACCGAUCUGCUAAAAAAAGCACAGAUCGAUAGCACCAAAUUCAUCCACUGCAAAGAACUUGUGGAUCAGCAGAUCUUGGGCUUCCAGUUACCCAAUGCUGUCUACAUUUUCAACCCUGCAAAUCAAAACAUCCAAACUCACCUGGCUGAAGGAUUACCCUGCUAUUAUUCCAUGGAGAAGAAAGAAAUGCAGCUUAACAUGCAAAACUCACUCCUCAGAGGCGAGGCUUAUGUGGAUGACCUCCAGAGUGAUGAAUUCUAUGAUGGAUUCAAGUACUUGUACAAUGAAGAUGGGACCUCAGAAGCUGGACCAAACAGUGAGAUGGGAAAUGAUGGUAUUCAGGGACCAGAGGAAAGUAUCAAUGCUUGCCCACCAUUACAACCUGCCCCUCAUAUUGAUUAGAGGUUCACAUAGGGCAAAAAAGGGACCAAAUACUAGACAAAGCCAAGGCUAUUUCUAAUACUUCAUUAGUGAAGACUAUGUAUUAAUCGUAUAUUGCCUAUACUGUAGCUUUCAACUUUCCGUUUUUUAAAAAAUUCUUUGGCCAGACUUAUUUUGAUUAGAUCAAAAUAUAAUCUAAAAAAAACAUAUUUGAACAAGGCAAAAUUUCAGAUGUCCCAUGCUUAAAAAUAUUGAUCAGUGAGUAGGGUAGCUUCUUAGGACAGCUUAAGUUGUUUGUUAAUACAGAUAGUCCUCAACCACAAUUGAGCUCAAAAUUGAGCCCACAAAUGAGACAUUUGUUAAGUGAGUUUUGCCCCAUUUUACGACCUUUCUUGCCUCAGUUGUUAAGUGAAUCACUGCAGUUGAUAAAUUGGUAAUCUGGUUGUUAAGCGAAUCUGGCUUCCCAUUGACUUUGAAGGUCCCAAAAGCGGAUCACAUGAUCCCAGGACAUUGCAAUCAUCGUAAAUAUGAACCAUUUGCCAAGCAUCUGAAUUUUGAUCACAUGAUCAUGGGGAUGCUGCAGAGAUUGUAACUGUGAAAAAUGAUCAUAAAUCACUUUGAAUGGUCACUAAAUGAACUGUUGUAAGUCAAGGACUACCUGUAUUCAGCAACCAGAAGAAUACAUGAUAGCAGUGUUCCAGUAUUUGAGGAGCUGCCAAAGAGAGGAGGGGGUUGGUCAACCUAUUUUCCAAGGCACCUGAAGGCCAGACAAGGAAUAAUGGAUAGAAGCUGAUCAAGGGGAGAUUCAACCUAGAAAUAAGGAGAAAUUUUCUGACAGAACAAUCAACCAAUGGACCAGAAGUUGCCUUCGGAAAUUGUGGGAGCUUCAUCACUGGAAGCUUUCAAGAAGAGAUUGGACUGCCAUUUGUCAGAAAUGGUGUAGGGUCUCCUGUUUGGGCAGGGGGUUGGACUAGAUGACUUACAAAGUCCCUUCCAACUUUGUUAAUCUGUUAAAAACUAGCUUGGUUCUCCUAUUAUUUGUUGAAUUUCAGCAUAGGAGUUUUCUUCCCGGAGGCUAAGGCUGCAGGUCUGAACUGUUAAGGCCUGGAGCAGAGAUUUUCUUGAUGGCAAUCAUCUAAAUCACCACUAGGCCAUCACUUUGUCCAAGUGAGCUCAACUGCUAGUGAAAUAACGGUAGAGAAAAGAGGAGGCUUAGCGAGCAAUGUAACUUUUCUGGUUGUUGACUGAUGUUCUGAACUGAGGCAGCACUGUAAUAAAUGGUCAGCACACUUCAGAGUAGGAUACAAAGGUUUUCAGUUGAUGGGUAGGCUUUACAAGUGAACAGUUUUUUUUUUAACACAGCUGAAUGCCGCAGCCAUGACUUUCCACCCCUAUAUAAAUAGCAAAAUUCAUUUCAUAGAAAGUUUUCUGUUGCAAAAAGAUAGGUCUUGGACAAUGGUCCCACAAAAAUGGGAAAAUCCUUUCCCUUCCCAUCUACAUUGUUGUGUAAUCAGAGCUGAAUAUACACGAAUUUAUGAGAUCUCAGAAGGAUAGGAAGUGAAGCAGGAUUCCUAUUGAUCCAGGGCUAAUUUUUUGCCCUUUGGAUGAUGUAUUGUCAUCCCACAAUAAACUAGCUAGAAUUAUUACAAGGCCUACAGAUAAAGUUAGUCUUUUCAGAAUUCUUAAUUUUUCAGCAGGAGCUUGAACAUGAUUGACUUCUUCCAGCUCUAUAUUUGUAUGAGUUGUACACAUCCAACCGAGAGGCUACCGUGUUUCCCUGAAAAUAAGACCCUGUCUUGUAUUUUUUUGAACCCCGAAAUAAGCACUUGGCCUUAUUUUCGGGGAGGUCUUAUUAUUGUGGGGCACAUGGAAUAAGAUGGAGCUCCUCUUGCUGUCUUACCUGAUUUCCAGUUCUGUGUUUAAAUAUUUUUGGGGAGGGCUUAUUUUUUGGGGGAAAGGCUUAUUUUAACACAUGCUCUCAAAAGCCCGAUUGGGCUUAUUAUCAGGGGAUGUCUUAUUUUUGGGGAAACAGGGUAAUAUUUGGGGUAAUAAUACUGACUACCCAGCCUUAUACAUUCCCAGUUGAGACCCAAAUAAGAAUGGCUGCAUGAUUUUUUUUUUCCAAAUAUAUUCAGAUGCCCAAAUACUAAAGUGUCCUGAAGGAUGAAAAAUGGUUUCAGGGAACAAUAAAAUGGUUUAGCUAGAAGAGCACAAGCAAGUGAUAACUGGUUUGCUCUUCAUCUGAUCUACAUUUUUGUCUUUACCUUAGCCCGUUUGUUGCUCUGAACAUUAUGAAAUGGUGUUGCCAGUUUGUAUUCCAUUUCCAUGGAGAAAUUAAUUGUCUCUAAACCACAUCUGUUUUACAUUCUGUGAACUGAAUCUUGGAACAGAAAACAUCCAAUUGGAAAGAGUAUUAUUAUCUUUAGUUCUUAGCUUGACUGGGCAUGCUUCAAAAAUAAUUUGAAUAUGUGCACAAUCACAAUAUCUCUCUGCUAUUCAUUAAUACAAGCCAGGGGUGGGUUCUACUUACCUUUACUACCGGUUUGCAAUGGGGCCGCUCGUGUGUGCUUGCUUUGUGCAUGCAUGCUCUUCUGCGCAUGCGCAGAAGCAUUUUGAUGACAUCAGGGUCAGUGGGCGGAGCCUCCCGCCAAUUUUACUACAGGUUCUAUAGAACUGGUGUGAACCAGGGGCAACCCACCACUGAUACAAGCUGUCUUUUUUCAGGUUGCUGCAUGGAACUGAAAAAUGUCUUUGUGUUCAGAGUUCAAUAACUUAACGAGUUAAGUUAGCUGUUAAUGCAGCACCAUCUCAUUUUCAACCUUGUGCAUCAUACUUGAUGUGGCUGCUUUAAUGAAUAGAAGAGAGAUCCCAUAUUUGUAUAGAUUCCAAUAUAUUCCUGAACAGUUCUAUCUUCUUGGGCAAGUUUCUUUCUAUAAGCUUUAUCUGUUUGUUUUCUCAGACAUUCUGUGGCUUCCUUCUCUCCUCACAUUCAUGAUCAUCUCAAAUUCCAGUGGGGACUACGGUACUAGGGACUAGGAGAGUGAAAUGGUAGCAAAUGAACAAGAUGUUUAUCAUAAUUUAUACGUCAUAACAUUUAGCUUCUCCCAAUGCAGCUAGUUUUAAUACAUUGACUUUGGAAAAGCAUUUAGGCUUCCCUGUAAAGAGAUGCUCAAACCUUUGGCUGAAUGGAUUUCACUUUCAAAUUACCUUAGAAAUAAAUGACUCAAGGAGCAGAGUAGGUUCAAAAUCUUCGAAUUCCCAUUGGAGAAAGGACAGAAGAGCACCCACUUCUCCUUGAGUAUCCAAGUAUAAAAUAACCAUUAGGUAACCAAUGGAAUUCUUUAUUCUAUAGUCUACAAUGGGGGUUCUAAAACCAUGGUUUGAGUCUCCCCAGGAGAUGCCAACAAUUUGGGAAGGGUGUCUCAAGCUCCAUCUUGUGCACCAAUUGCACUCCUUUUGGUACUUUGAGGCUGUUUGCAAUCACUCGUGUCUUGGUGGACUACUGCAUUCCCAAUCCUGCAAUGCACUUUACAUGGGGCUGUCCUGGAAGAGCAUCCCUAAGCUACAGCUGGUACAGAAUGCAGCGGCGCAGGCAGUUAUGAUCACUUCUUGAUCAAAGCAUGUUGCACUUCUGCUUUGCAAGCUGCACUGGCUGCCAAUAUUCUUUCACAUUCAGUCCAUGGUGCUGCUUGUAACCUAGAAAGCCCUUUAUGGCAUUGGGCCAAGAGAAACCACCUCUCCUUGUUUAUGUCCAUUAAGUCUGGCAGGAGGCGUGCUCUGGGUCCCAUCUCUAUUAGGGAGUACCAUUUGGUGGGGCCCAGGAAGAUAGCCUUUUUGGUCAUUAUGCCCACCCUUAGGAAUAUCAUCCCUCUGCCCCCACCCCAGAGAUUAGAUUAGCCUUCACUUUGUCAUCAUUUUGUAGGCUGUAAAGAUAGGGUUUGGUCACCAGGCCUGGGAGACAGGAUGGUUGGGGUGUGUCGAUUCAUUUUUGAUGAGUUUGAUUUUACCCUAACUGUGGUUUCUAUGUGUGCUGCCAUUUGUUUUUUAUUCAUUUGUUUUAUUUAUUUAUUAAAUUUAUAUGCCGCCCAUAUCACUAUCAAACAUCUUUUGAUGUUGCUUUUUUCAAAAACUAUUAGUAGCAACCCAGAAUCAUGAACUUGAGAUGGACAGCCAUAUAAGCUGGGUGAAUGAAUGAAUGAAUGAAUGAAUGAGUGAAUGAAUAUUUCUAAAGCUCAUUAGGUUUGCACACACAAGGCAGCAAGGAAAACCAUUCUUUUUUUCCCCCCCAAAUUAUCUCUCAAUGCUGUGUAUUGCCCAAAGCAGGGGUGAAAUGCUCCCGGAUCGGACUGGAUCGCCCAAUCCGGUAGCGUUCUUGGCUGGUGGUUUGGCAAUCUGGUAGCGAUGGCAGAGUGAAGCCAGGAGGUAAUGCUUUUUUUUUUAACCUUCUGUGCAUGCGCAGGUGUUGCACAUGCACACGUCUGCGUGUGCCUGUGAUGCACGCGUGCGCUUCCGAACCGGUAAGGAAGGCAAGUAGAUUUCACCCCUGGCCCAGAGUCUUAUGCAGUUGGAUGGCCUUCCAAAUCCAGCAAAUGAAUAAACUGCUGACUUGCAAAAUUAGUCAGGGCUAAAAGGACCAACAGUUGGUUUCUCUCUUCUGAGAAUCUUUUUUCUAUCCAAUGCUAUUGGGAUGUAAUGGACUUUUCAUAUGAAUGUUGUGAAACAAGGUAACCACAAAAAAACUACGGUUCUCAUUCCUUACCUGUUUCCAAGUGGAUAUUGGACUAUAGAACUACAAAUGUAAGCAAGUGUUCAUUGUUAUUAGUUUCAUUAUUUCAUACAUUUAGAAAGUGAGUUCCCUUCCAUGCAUCUUUCGGCUGACCCAGGCAGCAUUUUCAAAUAGUCUGCUUGAAAUAGUUGCAUACCGGAUGAUCAUGUGAAUGAAACAAGCGUAGCAAAAGGUAUUGUUUUGGAAUAUAUCAGAGCAGCACCAGUAUGAAUGCUGUGUCUUUCCCCAAACAUUAUGCUUUGUGUGUGCUGAAGAACUCAAAAUAAUGCCUUCACGACUUCACAGUGCAGGCAAUCCUUGAUUUACGGCUGGUAGCUGAGCAACCAAAGUUAUGAUGGACCAAAAAACCCGACUUGGAUGACUGCCCCCCCUCCGCAGUCAUGUGACCACAUUUUGGGCACUUGAAGGCUGGCCUACAUUUACGGUUGUUUGCAGUGUCCCAUGGUUACAUGAUAGCACUUUACAUAUUUUGCCAGAAACUAGUGUUUAUUUCUGGUUUCCAGCAAAAAUGUCCACUGUGGGCAAUGGUUCCCUUAACCACAUGGUGAUUCACUUAACAACCACCAGAAAAAAAUCUUGCAAUAUCAGAUACAUGAUGACCCACUUAACAACCAGUACAACUUACAACUGUAAUUCCAGGCUUAAUUAUGGUCCUAAGUCAAGAACUACUUAUAUGUGAACAUUGUUGAUACAAUAAGGGACAUAGGAAUUUAAGUUAUGCAAUGUAUUAAAAUGUAAAAUCUGGUAUUUUUCAUAUGCUUCGAUGUCUCCUAAAGGUCAGUUUGGAAAAUGUCUUGACAUUCCUUUCAAAUUAUAGUAUCAAAAGCAUAAUUGUAAACUGUGACUUUUUAUAUUUUUAAUAUCACCUAUUUGGGGUUUCUCUUUUUUUUAAAAGUAAGUGGGUGUUUUUGUUCAAUAAAAUCUAAUUUAAAAUCUUA